GCUUACUUUUUUUAUCUCCUUUUUCAUUCCAUUAAGAUCUCUGUAAAUUCUCUGAAAGGGAAAAUUAAAAAAAAAGAAAAUUGUUGGCAGGUUUCAGACAUGAUUAGUGUUUUGUUUUCGCUUUUGUUUGUUGAAAUGGCACUGAUUCUAGCCCUUUUGUUUAGAACCCCUCUAAGAAAUCUAUUGGUAGUAGGGAUAGAUAAGUUGAAGCGAGGAAGAGGUCCAUUGGUGGCAAAAACUGUCGCAGCGACCUUGCUUGUGGUGUUUAGUGCUAUCUUGUAUAGUGUAAUGGAAAUUCGGAAACGUGCUCUGGAGGCUGGUGUGGUUAAUUCAACUGAUGAGGUUCUCAUGGCAGAAAGACUUUUAGAAGCAUCUCUAAUGGGGUUCUCUCUAUUUCUUGCAAUGAUGGCAGAUAGAUUGCACUACCAUAUGAAAGAACUUUAUCGCUUAAGGGAGGAGCUGGAACAGGUGAAAAAAUCAAAACAGGAAUAUGGAAGUAAGGAAAGUUGGAGAAUGGGGGAGAAUGAAGGGGGAAAAGUGAAAGAGCCAGAAACUGUCUCCAAAAGAAAGGCAAGGACACCAUUGAAUGCUGGAUGAGAAAUCAUAGUGGCUUAAAAGAAUCAAGAAAUGAGGCCUCUGUGUGUGUGUGUGUGUGUGUGUGUGACUGUCCUAAUUGCAGGAAAUAUGUAUAUUUACAUUUGAUGCAUAGAAAUUGUACCUAAGAACGUGACAAUGCCAGAUAUCAUAAUAACACGAAUAAUUCCCAAUCGUAUAAAUCUACUUUCUUUCUAAUUCGUGAUUGGAAUCCUACUGCAUUUAUGUGUUGGUGAAAUUGCACCAUUGU